AUGAUGAACGCCUCCCCCAUCAUCUUGAUCGCUAUCGCUUCCUUGAGUGAUAAACUUGUCGUUGAAGCAAGCCUCAGUGAGAUGCUCAUAGAGAAGGCAAAAAGAGCAAAGGAAUGGUUGAAAGACGCAAAUAAAUUCCAAUACGACAUUGAAUGCAACUGGCUGCGUCCAGAUGAAAGAGCAGCUAGGGUAGCUGAAGGUAGAUGCCCUCUAGUUCCGUCCACCACGACCCUCGCUCCCGGAACAACAAGGAAAAGUUUCUUACCUCCAUGGUUAUUGGAGCGUUUGCAUCGCAAAAAGAAGAAACCAAUCUUGAGCAUUCGAACCAAGCGAGCUAUUAUGAGCGCAUUCUCCCUAGGUUAUAACGAUGUAUCGCCGUAA